AUGUCAAGCUCACAUAAUACUCAAGGUGGCAACGGUUCAUCAAAUGUUAAUGAUUCACAAUACGUUUCAGCUUUCAGUGAAAGCACCUUUUUGCCUCAAGAAAAGUUAUUUUAUUACAGGCCAAAUAACGAUUUUCAAAUUUAUCUUGUUUAUUGUAAAGAAAUAACUUUAAAUGAACUUACAGUAGAGUUGCUAAAUAAUUACUUCUACUCUUCUUAUAAUUAUCUUUAUUCAAACAAAAUUUUCGUAUUUUAUUUUAAACAUCCUUAUGAUCUAAAAAUUUAUCAUGUUGCUUGUGAAAUGAUUUCUCAUUCGACUAUAGUUCAGCAUUUAAAUUCGAACGUUUGUGGACUAGAAUUGAGUCAAAGUGAUCAGCAGCAACAACAACCCUUGGAAUUUACUAAUGAUCAUAAAUAUAAUCUUGAAUUUCACUUGAGACGAUCCCUUGAAGAUUAUUUGGCACCUAAUAUGAAUCUGGAAUGA